UCUAGGCUGAACCGAGAUUUUGACGAGAACAGUAGACAGAUGAUGAGAUUAAAUAUCCAGUGAAUUCUCGAUCGAGCACAGUGAUUUGGCUUUUACUUUCUGCAUCACCAUGGGAAAUCUUUACAGUUCUAACGGGACAGCCCAGAAUGAGGCAACACAGAACCUUGUGGAAAUGGACGAAUUUGAGGGAGACAAGACACCUGGUGUGGAGAGUGAAGUGCCAGGACAUCAACAAAAGUCUAAGACAGGCAAGACACUCAGUGGGAAGAAGAAGAAAAAAAUGCAACAGCUCCAACAACAGUUAAAGAAAAAAGAGCAUGUAAAGGACAGUUGUGCACAGAUGGUGACUGAACUGACAGAUCUGAAGACAGAAAUGGACAAACUGAAAAUACAACUCACAAAACAACUGGAGGAGGUAGAGAAAGUCAUAGAGUCAUUGGGAGAGGAAAAAAUUAAACUAUUUGACAUCUGUUGUAAACUGAGGAAGAUAAAGCAAGCAAAUGAAACAAAUAUUAAUCAAACUGACCGCUGUUCACAUAAUGCAGAGCAUGCAGCCUCUAAAAUGGAAAAAAUACAGGAGGAGUUAGACAGCGAGAUAAAGGAUAUUGAAAGUCAGGUAAUGGACGUACAGGAAAAAAAGACCAUGGGCACAAUUAUCAGGAAAAAAUUGAGGAAGUUAAAAAAAUACAGACGUACUUAACAAUGACCACAUAUGUGAUUAGAGAAUUUACCUUUAGACUUGAAUGCCUCAAAAUGUGGGUUCAAGACAAGAGGCAAAAGCGAGCUGGAGGAAUGUGUCAGUAUUGCACUGUGAAGCCUGAUCAGUUCCAUCAUUCCUUCCACCUCAGGAUAAUAGUUCUUUAUCACAGUAUACAUAUCAUUGUAAUUUUGUAAU